CCGGGGCCGGGGCGGGGGCUCCCCGUUAUUUCCCAACGCGGCGCCCGCCCGACCGGCUCCGGCUCCGGCAGCGCCGCGGCCGCGCCACAACCGGCACAACCGGUCCGGGGGCGGGACCGAGCGGGAUAACUGAGGGAUAACUGCGGGAUAGCGCCGGGAUAACAGCGGGACAACAGCGGGAUAACAGUGGGAUAGCACCGGGAUAACAACGGGACGGGACAGCUGGAAUCGGCACCGGCACCGGGAUAACAAACGCCGGGAUAACAGCGCUGGGAUCGGCACCGGCAUCGGGAUAACAGCGGGACAACAGCAGGACAGGACAGCUGGGAUCGGCACCGGGAUAACAGCGCUGGGAUCGGCACCGGCAUAGGGAUAACAGCGGGACAACAGCGGGAUAGCACUGGGAUAGCCCCGGGAUAACAGCGGGACAACAGCGGGACAGGACGGCUGGGAUCGGCACCGGCACCGGGAUAACAGCGCUGGGAUCGGCACCGCUGGGAUAACGCCGGGAUAGCACGGGGAUAACGCCGGGAUAGCACCGGGAUAACAGCGCCGGGAUCAGCACAACCGGCACAACCGGUCCCGGCGGGGCGGGACUGGAGGGACGCGCAGCCGGGACGGCACCGGGAGAACCCCGGGAUAAAAAACACCGGGAUAACAAACAAACGCCGGGAUAAAAAAAAAAACCGGGAUAAAAAAACAAACCCCGGGAUAACAAACACACCGGGAUAGGACACCUGGGAACGGCACAAGCGGGACUGGCACCGGCACUGGGAUAACAGAACUGGGACUGGGAUCACCGGGAUAACAGAGCUGGGACUGGGAUCGGCACAGCCGGGACUGGCACCGGGACUGGCACGGCCGGGAGUGGCACAACCGGGACGGCACAACCGGAGCUGGGACAGCGCAGCCGGCACCGGUGACGCCGGUUUGGGGCCGGGGACACCGGCAGGGCUGACACCGGCCCCUGGUGACAGCCGGGGGUGGCAGUGACGUUGCCGCGGGGGACACCAGAGCCGGGGGAUGGACUGAAGGUGCCGGGUCCGUGGUGGGAUCGACCCGGGAUCCGGUGGGGAAACCCACGGGGGGAGCCUGGAUCUGGCACAGGAAUCGAGUCAGUCCCUGGGAUCUGACCCAGAGCGGAGCGGGAUCUGCACCUGGAAUCGGCCGGAACGCCCGGAUCCAUCCCCAAAACUGAGCCAGGAGCGGGGAUCCAGUGCUGGGAUUCACUGGUGAUUUGGGAUCCAGCACCAAACCCCACCAAGGAUCUGGGAUCAGCACUGACCAAGGAUCUGGGAUCCAGCACCAAACUCCACCAAGCAUUUGGGAUCCAGCACCAAACCCCACCAAGGAUUUUGGGAUCAGCACUGACCAAGGAUCUGGGAUCCAGCACCAAACCCCACCGAGGAUUUUGGGAAUCAGGUCCUGAAACACCCCUGGGGUCCGAGAUCCCACCCCCGGAAUCCGGCACCGAGCCCGUCCCGGGGGUCUCUGAUUCGGGAGCAGAGAUCCAGGGGGGAUCCAAGGGGGGGAUUCCAGGGGGGAUCCACCGGGAUCCAUCGGCAUCCACCGGCCAUGCCCCGAGCGUUCCUGGUGAAGAAGCCGAUUUUGGCCACGGCCAAACGAAACUGGAGCGAACUCCCGGACGAGCAGCGGGCCGAGAUCUACGUGCCCAUCUGCCUGGGGGCGCCCCUACGCAGGGACCCCGAGCCGGCCGUGGGUGAAGCCCCUCGUCCCCCGUGUCCCCUGGACAUGACGCUGCCCCCGGCCCCCACGCCCCCCGGCCCCUUCCUGCACCCCAAGGGCAAGGUCCCAUCCGGCCCUUUGGGGCCCCCACUCCCCCCUGGGCUGCCCCUGCCCGGGGGCCCUCGCGGGGUCCCGGUGGCCGGGGGGGGGGUCCCGGGGGGCUCCGAGCUCUUCUCGUGCCCCGUUUGCCACAAGAGCUUCGGGUUCCAGCGGAUGCUGAACCGGCACCUCAAGUGCCACAGCGAGGUCAAGAGGCACCGGUGCCCCUACUGCGGGAAGGGCUUCAACGACACCUUCGACCUCAAGCGCCACGUCCGCACCCACACCGGUGUGCGUCCCUACAAGUGCUCGCUGUGUGACAAGGCGUUCACGCAGCGCUGCUCGCUGGAGUCUCACCUGCGGAAGAUCCACGGCGUGGCUCAGCGCUACGCCUACAAGGAGCGGCGCGCCAAGCUCUACGUGUGCGAGGAGUGCGGGGGCACGGCCGACAGCCAGGACGCCCACCUGGCCCACCUGCGCCAGCGCCACCCCCACAGCCCCCUGCUCGCCAAGCUGGCCCGCAAGGAAAGGGGGGGCAGGUGA